GAACCUUGUGGCAUCCCUCUUUUCCCAUCGCCAAAGGUAGAUAUCGCUUACAUGGAAUGGGGAAGACGGAUCGGGUGGUAGCGAAGGAGGGGAUGAUGGAUAGGUGAUUGUGGGAUGGAUACACCUAUGAUAUGGAUGGAUUGCGCUUCUUGCCCGACGACGUUUCAACAGAAAAGGACAUGGAGUAAAACGAUGACUUUCAUGUUCUGUACGAUUUUCUGCCAAUCCCACGCAGCGAAACGACGAAUCGCUAAAAAGUAAAUGGCUAAUAUGUAUCGGCCAAUCCUAGCAUCCAUUGCUCUACAAGUAAUGGGCUUUGCAAACAAGAGGAUUAUUUUUGGUUCACGAAAAAGAGGGAAAGGAGAUCAUGGCUGUCUUGGGUGGUGGUUUAUCUUGGGUCAAUAUUAUAUUAGGGACAUCUCACUUACAUUUGGUUUUUUCUCCUAGCUACAAUGCCGCACGCACCCAGAAACAGCUUCCUCGCUCCUGGCGUCAGCCGUUACAGCCGUUCUUCCGUCUACGCCAAGAAGGCUUUGCACAAGCGUCAGAAGAAGGCCGUUGCUGCUCCUACCAAGGAGACUGCUGCUGAAAAGACUGUCGAAGUCAAGGGUGCCAAGAAUGGUGGCAAGCGCACUGUUCCCGCUCAAAAGGCUCCUCGCUUCUACCCCGCCGAGGAUGUUCCUCAGCCCAAGCAGUCCCGCAAGGUGAACAAGGUUGCUUCCGCCCGUGCCAGCAUCACCCCCGGUACCGUUGUCAUCUUGUUGGCUGGUCGUCACCGUGGUAAGCGUGUCGUUGUCUUGAAGCAGCUCGACAGCGGUCUUUUGCUCGUCACUGGUCCCUUCAAGGUCAACGGUGUUCCUUUGAGACGCGUCAACCAGGCUUAUGUCAUUGCCACCUCUACCAAGAUUGACGUUGGCAAGGUUGAUGACAAGUUCAACGAUGCUUACUUCAAGAAGACCGAGAAGAAGGCUAACAAGGAAUUCCUUGAGGGUGAAAAGCCCAAGGCUGCUCUUCCCGAAUCCAAGGUUGCUGAUCAGAAGAAUGUUGACAAGGCCAUCAUCGAUGCCAUUGUCAAGACUCCUUUCCUCCGCCAGUACUUGAGCUCCACCUUCGGUUUGAGCAAGGGUCAAUUCCCCCACAACAUGAAAUUCUAAGCAUUUUUUAUUGCUUAAAAACUCGUUGGUGUGGUGAGCUUAGGAAGCGCUUUUGCAGUAUAAAAUAAAAUCUUGCGUUUUGUUCCAAUCUUUCUGCAAAAGGAGUUUACAGUUGAUAAGAACCAGUCUCUUUUUUUUCCUCUUGUGC